AUUUCACCCAGUAACGCCAUGGUGCAUGCCUUCCCGUGCCAUGAGAGCGGUGCGACGGUGGUGCAGUACGCUCCCAAGCAGCAGCUGUUGAUCUCGGGAGGCAGGAAGGGCUUUGUGUGUGUGUUGACAUCUGCAGAGACAGCUGCUACACACCUUCCAGGCCCACGACUCAGCGUCAAAGCCCUGGCGCUCGACGUCUCGAAGACUUCUUCGUAACCGCUCAGC